UCCCAGUCUGGAAAGAUAACUAAUUGGUGGAGUACCGUAUAUUUGUAUAGAGUACGCAUAGCGUCGCAUCAGAACAAAAAAAAAAAAGAACUAAAAAAUGGCUCCUGCACAAAGCACAAUCAACUCACUCCACGUGGCAGUGAUCGGAGCCGGAGCCGCCGGGCUCGUGGCUGCAAGAGAGCUACGCCGCGAGAACCACUCAGUCGUCGUCUUCGAACGUAUCUCAAAAGUGGGAGGUCUCUGGGUAUACACACCUGAAAGCGAGGACGACCCACUUAGCCUCGAUCCAAAUCGAAACAUAGUCCACUCGAGCGUCUACGAUUCACUCCGGACCAAUCUCCCAAGAGAGUGCAUGGGUUACAGUGACUUCCCUUUCGUGCCUCGACGUGAACACGACGAAUCUAGAGACUCGAGAAGGUACCCUAGUCACAAAGAAGUCUUAGCUUACCUUGAAGACUUUGCUAGAGAAUUCAAACUCGAGGAGAUGGUUCGAUUCAACACUGAAGUGGUUCUUGUCGAGCCUGAUGGUUCUAAAUGGAGGGUCAAAUCCAAAAACUCAGAUGGGAUCUCGAGUGAUGAGAUCUUUGAUGCUGUCGUUGUUUGUAAUGGCCAUUAUACAGAACCUAGAGUUGCUCACGUUCCUGGUAUUGAUUCAUGGCCAGGGAAGCAGAUUCAUAGCCACAAUUACCGUCUUCCCGAUCCAUUCAAAGAUCAGGUGGUGGUAGUGAUAGGAAACUUUGCGAGUGGAUCUGAUAUCAGCAGGGACAUAAUGGCAGUGGCUAAAGAAGUCCAUAUCGCUGCUAGAGCUAAUCCGUCUAAGACAUACAAACAACUGCCUGGGUCCGACAAUCUGUGGCUUCACCCUAUGAUCAAAAGUGCAAACAAGGAUGGUUCGAUUGUUUUUGAGAAUGGUAAAAUUGUACAAGCUGAUACCAUUGUGCAUUGCACUGGUUACAAAUAUUACUUCCCGUUUCUCAACACCAAUGGCUAUAUUACCGUUGAUGAUAACUGUGUUGGACCGCUUUACAAGCACGUGUUCCCGCCUGCACUUGCUCCCGGGCUGUCCUUCGUUGGUGUACCAUGGAUGACAUUGCUAUUCUUUAUGUUUGAGCUCCAAAGCAAAUGGGUGGCUGCAGUUCUGUCCGGUCGGGUCACGCUUCCUUCAGAAGAGAAAAUGAUGGAAGACGUUACUGCUGAUUAUGCAGUGCGUGAUAGUCACGGGUUUCCUAAGAGGUACACACAUAGACUUGGUGCGGGUCAUGUUCAAUACCUCAACUGGAUAGCCGAGCAAGUUGGUGCACCGCCUGGUGAGGAGUGGAGAUAUCAGGAAAUUGAAGGUGGCUAUGUCAGACUUGCCACACAAUCAGACACUUUCCGCGAUAAGUGGGACGAUGAUCAUCUCAUUCUUGAGGCUUAUGAGGAUUUCUUGAGACAGAAGCUGAUCACUAGUCUUCCUUCUGAGUUAUUAAAAUCCGGAAAAUGAUGAUCGAUUCCUUGGACAAAUGUUGUUCUCUGUUGUUGUGUGAGAAUAAAAGCUUUCAAAUGUUUAUCAAUGAUAAACACUUGAGAUUAAUUCUUAAACAUUUUCAUUGUAUUUUUAUCUUUGAUUGUUGGAAUAAAACAAGGUUUUAUACA